AUGACUCGUUUUAGUUACAGUAGUUAUCUUAGUUUACCUGGUUUAUCUAAUUUUAGAAGACAUGCAAAUAGACCAUCACCAAUGCCAACCUCUUCACCUGUAUUUCGAGGAUCACGUAGAUACUAUCCUCCUAGUAGAAAUAUGAAGUUGGUCAAUAAACCCAAAAAAGAUGAAAAUUGUGUAUUUUUUCAAAAAUAUGGUGAAUGUAAACAAGGAGAACGAUGCACUUAUAAACACGAUCCAGAAAAAGUUGGAGUUUGUAAACAUUGGUUGUAUGGAAAUGGUUGUACAAGAGAAAGAUGUAGACUACAACAUCAAAGUAAUCCCAAAGUGAUUCCUCAUUGUAACUAUUUUGUAAUUGGAAGAUGCUUGAAUAAGAAAUGUAAAUAUACACAUAUCCAUGUUAAUUUUAGAGCAAAGAUAUGUAAACAAUUUGCAAACGAAAGGUAUUGUGAAAAGGGAGAGGAAUGCAUGUUCAGGCAUAAAUGGCUCCAACCUGGAGCAAAAGAUACAAUUGCAGAUUCAUCCGAUGGUGAGUCAAAAGUUGUUAGUAAGCGUAAACGGAAUGAAGUUGAUGAUGAUGUAGAUGUUUUUGCUGCUGGGUAUAAGUAUAUACCUUUUAAUAUCAGUGAGGAAAAAUUAAAAGAACAUGAAGAAAGAUGUGACAGAUUGUUUGGGGAUAAAACAAAAAGAAAGAAACUUAGAUAUUUCUCUGAUAUAUAA